AUGUGGGUCCUUCAGGUGCUGCUGAGGGACUACAAACUGCGCUCGUACACACUCAACGCCGUCAGCUUCCACUUCCUGCAAGAACAGAAGGAGGAUGUUCAGCAUUCUAUCAUCACAGAUCUGCAGGUACAUCUCUCUCCUUUUCUUUCGUUCUUUCUUUCUUUCUUUCAGUGGAGGCCUAUUUGUACCCUGACUUUCCCCCAGAUACUGAUAGCAUCUCAUUGAUGUUUCCUCUCCCUUCUCUGUCUUCCUUCUAUCCCAGAAUGGUAAUGAGCAGACCCGGAGGCGCCUGGCAGUGUACUGUCUCAAAGACGCCUACCUGCCCCUGCGUCUGCUGCAGAAGCUGAUGUGUGUGAUCAACUACAUGGAGAUGGCCAGAGUCACCGGGGUUCCCCUCACCUACCUGCUCUCCAGAGGCCAGCAGAUCAAAGUGGUGUCGCAGCUACUGCGGCAGGUGAGAAACACAUACACUUUCUAGAACGCACGUUCUCACCUAAAUGUUUGGGACCUAGAAGAUGAUGUGGUGUGUGUGUGUGUGUGUGUGUGUGUGUUAGGCAAUGAAACAGGGGCUGGUCAUGCCAGUGGUGAAGCCUGAGGGAGGUGAAGACUACACUGGAGCUACAGUCAUUGAGCCAGAGAAAGGGUGAGUAUCACUGCUCUGAAGACUACUGGAGUUAGUCAUUGAGCCAGAGAAAGGGUGAGUAACACUUCUCUGAAGACUACUGGAGUUAGUCAUUGAGCCAGAGAAAGGGUGAGUAACACUUCUCUGAAGACUACUGGAGUUAGUCAUUGAGCCAGAGAAAGGGUGAGUAACACUUCUCUGAAGACUACUGGAGUUAGUCAUUGAGACAGAGACAGGGUGAGUAACACUUCUCUGAAGAACUACUGGAGUUAGGACAUUGAGCCCAGAGAAAGGGUGAGUAACACUUCUCUGAAGACUACUGGAGUUAGACAUUGAGCCAGAGAAAGGGUGAGUAUCACUUCUCUGAAGACUACUGGAGUUAGUCAUUGAGCCAGAGAAAGGGUGAGUAACACUGCUCUGAAGACUACUGGAGUUAGUCAUUGAGCCAGAGAAAGGGUGAGUAACACUUCUCUGAAGACUACUGGAGUUAGUCAUUGAGCCAGAGAAAAGGGUGAGUAACACUUCUCUGAAGACUAUGGAGUUAGUCAUGAGCCAGAGAAGGGUGAGUAACACUUCUCUGAAGACUACUGGAGUUAGUCAUUGAGGACAGAGACAGGGUGAGUAAACACUUCUCUGAAGACUACUGGAGUUAGACAUUGAGCCAGAGAAAGGGUGAGUAACACUUCUCUGAAGACUACUGGAGUUAGGACAUUGAGCCAGAGAAAGGGUGAGUAUCACUUGCUCUGAAGACUACUGGAGUUAGUCAUUGAGCCAGAGAACAGGGGUGAGUAACACUUCUCUGAAGACUACUGGAGUUAGUCAUUGAGCCAGAGAAAGGGUGAGUAACACUUCUCUGAAGACUACUGGAGUUAGACAUUGAGCCAGAGAAAGGGUGAGUAACACUUCUCUGAAGACUACUGGAGUUAGACAUUGAGCCAGAGAAAGGGUGAGUAACACUUCUCUGAAGACUACUGGAGUUAGACAUUGAGCCAGAGAAAGGGUGAGUAUCACUGCUCUGAAGACUAUGGAGCUACAGUCAUUGAGACAGGGUGAGUAUCACAGCUCUGUGUUUUAGGGAGUAUUCUAGCCUCUGGCAUGGUUUUUACUUGUGAUUUUAGCUUUAAUGUUUAAUUGUUUGUGUAUUAAUGUAAUCUAAUAUUUAUUGAUUUUUAUUUGACAGUUAAAGACAUACACACAGUACAUACAUGUUAAUACUUGGCAGGGGUAACAGUAAAGUCAAUGACUUAUUUCCAUUGUGGUCCCUUUAUGUAUUUCAGUAUCUAUGACUGCUAUGUGGGUAUAAACAUGAACGUGAACUUACUCUUGCUAUUUCUCUCUCUCUCUCUCUCUCUCUCUCUCUCUCUCUCUGUCUGUCUCUCUCUCUCUCCAGAUACUACAGCGUUCCCAUCGCCACCCUGGAUUUCUCCUCCCUGUAUCCCUCCAUCAUGAUGGCCCACAACCUCUGCUACACCACCCUGCUCCAGAAGGGCUCAGCCGAGAAGCUAGGGUGAGAUAGUCACUCUUUUUGUGUGCUUUCUCUAACCAGGGCUCUCCAACCCUGUUCCUGGAGAGAUACUGUCCUGUAGGUUUUAACUCCAACCCUGUUCCUGGAGAGCUACCAUCAUGUAGGUUUUAACUCCAACCCUGUUCCUGGAGAGCUACCAUCAUGUAGGUUUUAACUCCAACCCUGUUCCUGGAGAGCUACCCUCCUGUAGGUUUUAACUCCAACCCUGUUCCUGGAGAGACACCCUCCUGUUGGUUUUCAUUCCAACCCUAAUCUAGCUAUGGCAGGGGUCUGCAACGUAGCUCUGAAAACCUCAACCAGUUCUUUGACUGCAUCCUUGAUUGGUUGUUUCUGGGCUGUAUUUGACCAAAGUUGACCCAGGUUGAUUUGUAAGUGACAUGGGUGUUUUGUCUCCUUAGUCUGACCCCAGAGGACUUCAUCAAGACUCCCACAGGUGACAUGUUUGUUAAGAGCUCGGUGAGGAAGGGACUUCUGCCUGAUAUCCUGGAGGACCUGCUCUCUGCCAGGAAGAAGUAAGCACUGACCCUGAGUCUGCUGAAACGAGGCCCUAUGCACAUCUCUUAGGUUUCUCAAUCUGAUCUAGAAUCAUUCACACUGAUUCCUGACCUGCCAUAGAGAAUAUGAAGACUGUCUAUAGCAAACUAUUCCUCUUAUAGUUAUUGUUUGCGUUUCCUGUGCUCCUGUCUUGAUUGAACUAUUUCUGUUUCCUGUGCUCCUGUCUUGAUUGAACUAUUUGUGUUUGGAACUUAAUGUGUAAUUGUGUGCUGCUCUUGUGAUGCAGGGCUCCCUUGCAAAAUAUACUUUUGUCUCAAUGGGACUCCCUGCUUAAAUAAAUAUAAUGGCGAAAAGAUAGCUUGGGGAAGACAGGUGGUUCUUGUGUAAUUCUGACAUUUAAGUGUGCUCUUAACCUAGGUUCUUAGUAAUUUGACUCGCACGAAAGAUGAUUAAACUCUUGUGCCGUCAAAUGACCAAAGCUGAGUUGUGUAUGAGCCACUCCAUCUGCUCAUCCUGGACAAAAGUCAGUCAAUGUAGACCUUACCCAAACAGUGUAUGAACAGUGUAUGAACAGUGCUUAACAAAUUAAAGUUGUUGUGGUUAUUAUUUCUGACCCUCUUUCGAUAUCUUCAGGGCCAAAGCGGAGCUGAAAAAGGAAACGGAUCCUUUCAAGAAACAGGUCCUUGACGGCCGACAGCUCGCUCUCAAAAUCAGCGCCAACUCCGUCUAUGGCUUUACAGGGGCUCAGGUGGGCAAGCUGCCCUGCCUUGAGAUCUCACAGGUGAGCACCCUGCCCAGUUUACUCAAGGUCAGUGGCUCAAAGUGGAAACUGGGACCAGGACCCCAGGCCAGUGGAGCUGUAGGCAUCCAGACAAUGUCCUGUUUGUAUUUACAUACCCAGCCAUCAGCAUGUCUUAAGACAUAUAAAUUAAGAUGUCUGGAGAUAUGUCUUAAAGGCCCAGUGCAGUAAAAAAUUUGAUUUUCUUUUUUGUGUGUUUUAAAAAUAUUUCCAAACUGAGGUUAGAAUAAUACUGUGAAAUUGUGAAAAUGAUAAUGCCCUUUUAGUGCAAGAGUGUUUCGAAAAGACUGGCUGAAAUUUCAGCCUGUUUUGGUUGGAUGGUGUUUUAGCCUGCCUGGUGGCAGUAAAUGAGUUAAUAGACCAAUAAGAGAGUUCCAUACCUCUGCCAAUAACAGCUGGAUUUCAUUUCCCCCCUCCCUACUCAGACCACACCCAGACAGUCCUAGCAAAAUUCUUGCUUGAGAAAUUACUCUUGACUUAGAAGCUAUUUUUGUUUCUUUUGAGAACAUUUUUUAAAUAACAAUCACAGUAAGGUACUUAAAUGUUACCAAGAAAUGAUUUGAUAUUGAGAAAAAAAAACAAAAAAAACAGGUGCAUUGGUUUUGGAAAUACCAAUGUUAUUAACCUCUCCCUGUGUUUCCAGAGUGUCACCAAUGUUAUUAACCUCUCCCUGUGUUUCCAGAGUGUCACCAAUGUUAUUAACCUCUCCCUGUGUUUCCAGAGUGUCACCAAUGUUAUUAACCUCUCCCUGUGUUUCCAGAGUGUCACCAAUGUUAUUAACCUCUCCCUGUGUUUCCAGAGUGUCACCAAUGUUAUUAACCUCUCCCUGUGUUUCCAGAGUGUCACCAAUGUUAUUAACCUCUCCCUGUGUUUCCAGAGUGUCACCAAUGUUAUUAACCUCUCCCUGUGUUUCCAGAGUGUCACUGGGUUUGGCAGACAGAUGAUUGAGCAGACCAAACAGCUGGUGGAAUCCAAGUACACCAUCUCCAACGGUUACCAAGCCGAUGCCAAGGUGAGAGAGGAGAGCGAGGGCAGUCGUUCCACCAUCCUAACCUCUCCUUUCUUUUGGGACCUUCAUACCUUUCUUUUUCUUGAUCUCCUUUUAGUUCUUCUACUUACAACUCUCCUUGAUUGUGUGUUAGGUCAUCUACGGGGACACGGACUCUGUCAUGGUCAAACUGGGCGUGGACACUGUGAGCAGGGCCAUGGAGGUUGGGAGGGAGGCGGCAGAGUGGGUCUCCUCCCACUUCACCCCUCCCAUCAAACUGGAGUUUGAGAAGGUACCAGUUCACCAUUUAAAACGCUGUUGCUAAUAGCCCUGGGUCAUGUUCAGUUGGUAGGAAAUGUUUUAAAACGGAGUGAAACUCUAUUGUCUGAAAACCCUAACUCCUGGUGGUAAAAAACUGUGAAACAGGAAGGUACUACCACAGAGAUCCUAUUAAACUACUAAAUUCUAAUAUGUAAAUUAUAUGGAUACUACCUGGAGUUGACCAAUUAGAAAAACUGAUUGUAAUUGUUUUAUUUUGCAACGACAGUGUUCCCAAAUGAACACCACCCAGGUCUAGUGCUAGACCAAGCUACCUUGUACUACUUUGUCUUUUGUUUAGUCUGCAAUAAAGCUGUGUGAUUCCUCUCUUGGGUGGUCGAAUAACUAACAUCCACACUCUCUCCUCUCCCCAUGGGACCAGACUCAAGGCUACUAUGAGCUCCUUCCAUGGUCAAAUAAAAACAAGUUAAACUCCCUUUAUCUCCCUCCUCUAUUUCCUCUCUCUCUAUCUCCCCCUCCUCUCCCUCCCUCUUCUCUCUCCAUCUUCCUCUCCUCUCCCUCUCCCUCCCUAUUCUCUCUCCAUCUCCCCCUCCUCUGCCUCUCCCUCCCUCUUCUCUCUCCAUCUCCCCCUCCUCUCCCUCUCCCUCCCUAUUCUCUCUCCAUCUCCCCCUCCUCUGCCUCUCCCUCCCUCUUCUCUCUCCAUCUCCCCCUCCUCUCCCUCUCCCUCCCUCUUCUCUCUCCAUCUCCCUCUCCUCUCCCUCUCUCCUCACUUCCAGGUGUACUACCCCUACCUAUUGAUCAACAAAAAGCGCUACGCAGGUCUCUACUUCUCCUCCAGCGCUGACACUCACGACAAGAUGGACUGCAAGGGUAUCGAGACGGUCCGCCGAGACAACUGCACCCUGGUGGCCAAUCUGAUCAACACCUGCCUGCAGACCAUUCUGAUAGACAGGUAGGUACCACCCAGAGCAUAUGAGCGGAGUGGAGCGGAGUGGAGCGGUGAGAAUCUCAGCUCCUCGCUCACGGAGCUGUUCACCCCUCCGCUCCCCCCGCUCAAAGCCACAUCAGGCCAGUCCGCUCAUUAUCGCUCAGCGCUCAACGCAGUUUGCAUCGCGCUCCACUCAAAUCGCCCCCCGCUCACUCCAAAAAAGGAACAAAAUCUGCAUGUAUUUCACUUUUAGCUUAAACCACAGCCUUACUUUAUCUCCCCGAAUUUGUUGCAUACAGACUCAUCUUGGAUUAUCCAUUCUGUCUUGAAACGGGGAUCUAACACUGACGCUAAAAUGAGAUGUUAAUCAGUAUAGUAUAUUCCAUAGCGAACUGACACGUUGUUUGCCAAUGUUUCUGCAAAAGCAGCGAUGCCCAUUGGAAGUGCAGCGUGAGUGUAAUCGGUGAGCAGGGAUUUGAUUUCUGUGACAGCAGGGAGAAUCAUCCCCAGGUUCCCCAGCUCCUUCUGCAUUUUGUCUGUGAGGUCUGCUAGUGGUGUCAGCACACUGACAAGGUGCGUCAGCUGCCGUACUUGAUUCAGGGUGAUGUUAGCAACAUUAGACUUGAGUUUGUUUUGCCAUAACGGGUAUUUUUGGAACAACCGGAUGAACGACUGAAUCAUCUGCAGCUGGCUGCUCCAUCGAAUGGCGCAGGCAUUUGUGGGGCGGACACCUAAUUGGUCGGUUUCCUCUGUGCUCUUGCGUACACUUUUCACCAGGUGCCCGACUUUCACUAACAGCCUAUUAAUGUUGUCGUGCUUGUUAACGGCGUUUUUGAUCGCCAGCUGAAGCAUGUGAAUGGGGCAUCUCAGAUGUAAAUUUGACAAAGUAAAGUACUAAUUUAUCAUAGUUUCUUGGGGGGGUGUAGCCCGGUUGAGCUACGCUGGCGAAGUGUUGCAUCCCUUCGCGUUCUCCUUUACUCAGCGGUUCAUAGUCCAUGAAAAUCAUUUCAAAAAAUGCUACAUCCAGCUCUCUUUUUCUCUCCCUUGUUAUGGUUGGGCAUUUACGUGCAGUGAAUAAACUUUUGAAUUCCUCAACCCUUUUCUCUUGUUGCUGCUGCUGCUCCUCUCGCUCUAUAAAAUACAAAUUCAUGGACGACACAAAUUAAAUUAAACAGAUGGAUUCUGGGUCAGGCUUGAGCAUGCUUCAGACUCGUGGUGUGAGCGAGCGAAAUUGGAGCGGGACAUAGGGCGACGCUCCGUCCUUUUAAAAAUGCCGCUCUGCGCUCUGUCAAAAUCCGUCCGCUCACGCUCCACGCUCGCUCCCGCUCCACUCCGCUCAUAUGCUCUGGUACCACCUAGAACAUUCUGAUAGACAGGUACAGUGGGAAGAACAAGUAUUUGAUACACUGCCGAUUUUGCAGGUUUUCCAACUUACAAACCAUGUAGAGGUCUGUAAUUUUUAUCAUAUGUACACUUAAACUGUGAGAGACGGAAUCUAAAACAAAAAUCCAGAAAAUCACAUUGGAUGAUUUUUAAGUAAUUAAUUUGCAUUUUAUUGCAUGACAUAAGUAUUUGAUACAUCAGAAAAGCAGAACUUAAUAUUUGGUACAGAAACCUUUGUUUGCAAUUACAGAGAUCAUACGUUUCCUGUAGGUCUUGACCAAGUAUGCACACACUGCAGCAGGGAUUUUGGCCCACUCCUCCAUACAGACCUUCACCAGAUCCUUCAGGUUUCGGGGCUGUCGCUGGGCAAUACGGACUUUCAGCUCCCUCCAAAAAUGUUCUAUUGGUUUCAGGUCUGGAGACUGGCUAGGCCACUCCAGGACCUUGAGAUGCUUCUUACGGAGCCACUCAUUAGUUGCCCUGGCUGUGUGUUUCGGGUCGUUGUCAUGCUGGAAGACCCAGCCACGACCCAUCUUCACUGCUCUUACUGAGGGAAGGAGGUUGUUGGCCAAGAUCUCGCGAUACAUGGCCCCAUCCAUCCUCCCCUCAAUACGGUGCAGUCGUCCUGUCCCCUUUGCAGAAAAGCAUCCCCAAAGAAUGAUGUUUCCACCUCCAUGCUUCAUGGUUGGGAUGGUGUUCUUGGGGUUGUACUCAUCCUUCUUCCUCCAAACACGGCAAGUGGAGUAAAAAAGCUCUAUUUUUGUCUCAUCAGACCACAUGACCUUCUCCCAUUCCUCCUCUGGAUCAUCCAGAUGGUGAUUGGCAAACUUCAGACGGGCCUGGACAUGCGCUGGCUUGAGCAGCGGGACCUUGCGUGCGCUGCAGGAUUUUAAUCCAUGACGGCGUAGUGUGUUACUAAUGGUUUUCUUUGAGACUGUGGUCCCAGCUCUCUUCAGGUCAUUGACCAGGUCCUGCCGUGUAGUUCUGGGCUGAUCCCUCACCUUCCUCAUGAUCAUUUAUGCCCCACAAGGUGAGAUCUUGCAUGGAGUCCCAGACCGAGGGUGAUUGACCGUCAUCUUGAACUUCUUCCAUUUUCUAAUAAUUGCGCCAACAGUUGUUGCCUUCUCACCAAGCUGCUUGCCUAUUGUCCUGUAGCCCAUCCCAGCCUUGUGCAGGUCUACAAUUUUAUCCCUGAUGUCCUUACACAGCUCUCUGGUCUUGGCCAUUGUGGAGAGGUUGGAGUCUGUUUGAGUGUGUGGACAGGUGCAGUUAAUACAGGUAAUGAGUGGAGAACAGGAGGGCUUCUUAAAGAAAAACGAACAGGUCUGUGAGAGCCAGAAUUCUUACUGGUUGGUAGGUGAUCAAAUACUUAUGUCAUGCAAUACAAUGCAAAUUAAUUACUUAAAAAUCAUACAAUGUGAUUUUCUGGAUUUUUGUUUUAGAUUCUGUCUCUCACAGUUGAAGUGUACCUAUGAUAAAAAUGACAGACCUCUACAUGCUUUGUAAGUAGGAAAACCUGCAAAAUCGGCAGUGUAUCAAAUACUUGUUCUCCCCACUGUAGGUACCACCUAGAACAUUCUGAUAGACAGGUAGGUACCACCUAGAACAUUCUGAUAGACAGGUAGGUACCACCUAGAACAUUCUGAUAGACAGGUAGGUACCACCUACUGCAGAACAUAGAACAUUCUCAUAAACCAGGUUUCCAUCCAACCAUUCCGUGCGGAUGAAUUACCUGACGCACAAAAAAGUCACUACUGACUGGGCUGAGGGAAACAGGAAAUGCCGCUACAAUUUGAUAACUGCCGACAGACAAUUUGUUCGUUCGACACGGUGGGAUCUUUUUGUGUCUGUAAAAUUAAUUAUGCAAUAAAUUGUGGUGGAAACACAUUUAUGUGCUAAUAUUGGUAUAAUAACCAUCAUAUCAAAGUAAACUUGAAGUCACGCGAUGAUAUGUUGUGUGGUCCUCCCACUACGACUCAGGAAAGCAUGCAGUUUAUUAGGCUACAGAUGAAAUAAGUUAUGCUCCUUUUCACUAAAUAUCAAGGGUCUUAUUCUGGUGACAUGAUGAUCGACGCUUAGCUGCCGUUUGACAAAUAAUACAAAUAUUGCUGUUAUCCAUAAUCUCAUCAUGUAGGUUUAUACCAGCACUGUAUCUGCCAGCUGCUGGCUAGAGCGCACCUGCCAAUACCUGAGUGGAGUAGGCACAUCUUUCUAUAAAACACAACCGUUUUUGUGACAAAACCAUCAGUAGAGUUGAAAAUGCGAUGGAAACCCAUUUAACUUGUAUUUUUCAUUCUUUACAUGGGAAUUAAACAGCAAAAGUUAUUUUUAUGUGCACUAUUUCAUCACGCACAGACUUAUAUUAAUGUGUGCCGAUUUUAGAAUAUUCUCAUGAAAAUCUGUCGCAAAUUGGAUGGAAACCUAGCUAUAGACAGGUACCUGCUACCUAUUGCAGAACAUUCUCAUAGACCGGUACCGUCUACCUAUUGCAGAACAUAGAACAUUCUCAUAGACCGGUACCGUCUACCUACUGCAGACCUUUGUUGUCCUGUGUCCUGUUCAGUAGGUAUGUAACAGAGCUGUUGUCCUGGGUCCUGUUCAGUAGGUCUGUAACAGUGGUGUUGUCCUGUUCAGUAGGUCUAUAACAGUGUUGUCCUGGGUCCUGUUCAGUAGGUCUGUAACAGUGUUGUUGUCCUGGGUCCUGUUCAGUAGGUCUGUAACAGUGUUGUUGUCCUGGGUCCUGUUCAGUAGGUCUGUAACAGUGUUGUUGUCCUGGGUCCUGUUCAGUAGGUCUGUAACGUCUCUCUACCCUCCCUCCCUCCUCGUCUCUCUACCCAGGGAUCCCCAGGGUGCGGUGGCCCACGCCAAAGAGGUGAUCUCUGACCUGCUGUGUAACCGCAUCGACAUCAGCCAGCUGGUUAUCACCAAGGAGCUGACACGUACAGCCCAGGAGUACGCUGGGAAACAGGCGCAUGUAGAGCUGGCCGAGAGGUAAGGAUGGAGAGAGGCAGAGAGAGAGAGGAGGAACGUUGGAGGCUGGUGCAGGGGAAAAUGGGGUGGACAGUAUCAUUGUAAUGGCUGGAAUGGAACGGUUUCUGAAAGCCCAUCCAAAUAAGUUGUUCCUUCUAUAAAGGAUCGUUCUAUCAUUGUUACAGUGAGGGAAAAAAGUAUUUGAUCCCCUGCUGAUUUUGUACGUUUGCCCACUGACAAAGAAAUGAUCAGUGUAUCAUUUUAAUUGUACGUUUAUUUGAACAGUGAGAGACUGAAUAACAACAACAAAAUCCAGAAAACUGCAUGUCAAAAAAUGUAUACAUUGAUUUGCAUUUUAAUGAGGGAAAUAAGUAUUUGACCCCCUCUCAAUCAGAAAGAUUUCUGGCUCCCAGGUGUCUUUUAUACAGGUAACGAGCUGAGUUUAGGAGCACACUCUUAAAGGGAGUGCUCCUAAUCUCAGCUUGUUACCUGUAUAAAAGACACCUGUCCACAGAAGCAAUCAGUCAAUCGGAUUCCAAACUCUCCACCAUGGCCAAGACCAAAAAGCUCUCCAAGGAUGUCAGGGACAAGAUUGUAGACCUACACAAGGCUGGAAUGGGCUACAAGACCAUCGCCAAGCAGCUUGGUGAGAAGGUGACAACAGUUGGUGCGAUUAUUUGCAAAUGGAAGAAACACAAAAGAACUGUCAAUCUCCCUCGGCCUAGGGCUCCUUGCAAGAUCUCACCUCAUGGAGUUGCAAUGAUCAUGAGAACGGUGAGGAAUCAGCCCAGAACUACACGGGAGGAUCUUGUCAAUGAUCUCAAGGCACCUGGGACCAUAGACACCAAGAAAACAAUUGGUAACACACUACGCCGUGAAGGACUGAAAUCCUGCAGCGCCCGCAAGGUCCCCCUGCUCAAGAAACCAUAUAUACAGGCCUGUCUGAAGUUUGCCAAUGAACAUCUGAACGAUUCAGAGGAGAACUGGGUGAAAGUGUUGUGGUCAGAUGAGACCAAAAUUGAGCUCUUUGGCAUCAACUCAACUCGCCGUGUUUGGAGGAUGAGGAAUGCUGCCUAUGACCCCAAGAACACCAUCCCCACCAUCAAACCUGGAGGUCGAAACAUUAUGCUUUGGGGCUGUUUUUCUGCUAAGGGGACAGGACAACUUCACCGCAUCAAAGGGUGAAUGGACUGGGCCAUGUACCGUCAAAUCUUUGGUGAGAACCUCCUUCCCUCAGCCAGGGCAUUGAAAAUGGGUCGUGGAUGGGUAUUCCAGCAUGACAAUGACCCAAAACACACGACCAAGGCAACAAAGGAGUGGCUCAAGAAGAAGCACAUUAAGGUCCUGGAGUGGCCUAGCCAGUCUCUAGACCUUAAUCCCAUAGAAAAUCUGUGGAGGGAGCUGAAGGUUCGAGUUGCCAAAAGUCAGCCUCAAAACCUUAACUUGGAGAAGAUCUGCAAAGAGGCGUGGAACAAAUUCCCUGCUGAGAUGUGUGCAAACCUGGUGGCCAACUACAAGAAACUGACCUCUUUGAUUGCCAACAACGGUUUUGCCAUCAAGUACUAAGUCAUGAUUUGCAGAGGGGUCAAAUACAUAUUUCCAUCAUUUAAAAUGCAAAUCAAUUUAUACAUUUUUUUACAUGUGUUUUUCUGGAUUUUUUUUGUUGUUAUUCUGUCUCUCACUGUUCAAAUAAACCUACCAUUAAAUGUAUAGACUGAUCAUGUCUUUGUCAGUGGGCAAACGUACAAAAUCAGCAGGGGAUCAAAUACUUUUUUCCCUCACCAGUUGAUAACAUCUGACCCCUCACCUCUGCAGGAUGAAGAAGAGAGACGCGGGUAGCGCCCCGCAACUGGGAGACAGAGUUCCCUAUGUCAUUAUCAAAGCUGCCAAAGGAGUAGCAGCAUACAUGAAGUCUGAGGUUAGAACUUUGUGUGUGUGUGGAGGCUAUUGUAAAUAUUCAUGUGAUUGUUGGUGUGCCUUGUAAAGGUAUACAUUAAUUAACAUUCACACAAAUAAUGAAUAUUGUGUGUGUAGGACCCAAUCUAUGUGUUGGAGAACAACAUUCCCAUUGACACUCAGUACUACCUGGAACAACAGCUCUCCAAGCCACUGCUCCGGAUCUUUGAGCCAAUCCUGGGAGAGAGCAAAGCAGAGAGUGUCUUACUGAGUGAGUCAGUAUGCCACACACACACACAGUCUCUUCCUUUCUCUCGUCACUCUCACUCACACACCCACACAUAUACACAAAUACACACACACCCACACACACAUUCACACUACAAACACACCGUGACUGCUGCUAUUAUUAGACAAAUUGCACAAAUAAACUUGAUGUGUUUGUGUGUUUCAGAGGGGGAUCACACGCGCUGUAAAACAGUGUUGACCUCCAGGGUGGGGGGGCUCAUGGCCUUCGCCACCAAGAGGAGCACCUGUAUUGGCUGCAGAGCAGUGCUGAAGAACGAUGGUGAGAGAGUAUAAUAAUGUACUGUAUGUGUGUGAUUUAUAAUCUCUGCUGUCCUCCCCACAGCGGCUGUGUGUGAUUUCUAAUCUCUGCUGUCCUCCCCACAGCGGCUGUGUGUGAUUUCUAAUCUCUGCUGUCCUCCCCACAGCGGCUGUGUGUGAUUUAUAAUCUCUGCUGUCCUCCCCACAGAGGCUGUGUGUGAUUUAUAAUCUCUGCUGUCCUCCCCACAGAGGCUGUGUGUGAUUUAUAAUCUCUGCUGUCCUCCCCACAGCGGCUGUGUGUGAUUUAUAAUCUCUGCUGUCCUCCCCACAGCGGCUGUGUGUGAUUUAUAAUCUCUGCUGUCCUCCCCACAGCGGCUGUGUGUGAUUUAUAAUCUCUGCUGUCCUCCCCACAGCGGCUGUGUGUGAUUUAUAAUCUCUGCUGUCCUCCCCACAGCGGCUGUGUGUGAUUUAUAAUCUCUGCUGUCCUCCCCACAGCGGCUGUGUGUGAUUUAUAAUCUCUGCUGUCCUCCCCACAGCGGCUGUGUGUGAUUUCUGUAAGAAGAAGGAGUCGGAGCUGUACCAGAAAGAGGUACAAUAUAUCAACCCUGUUCUGUUAAUCUGGGUCCUGUUCAUUAGGCACUAAUAUAUCAACCCUGUUCUGUUAAUCUGGGUCCUGUUCAUUAGGCACUAAUAUAUCAAACCUGUUCUGUUAAUCUGGGUCCUGUUCAUUAGGCACUAAUAUAUCAACCCUGUUCUGUUAAUCUGGGUCCUGUUCAUUAGGCACUAAUAUAUCAACCCUGUUCUGUUAAUCUGGGUCCUGUUCAUUAGGCACUAAUAUAUCAAACCUGUUCUGUUAAUCUGGGUCCUGUUCAUUAGGCACUAAUAUAUCAACCCUGUUCUGUUAAUCUGGGUCCUGUUCAUUAGGCACUAAUAUAUCAACCAUGUUCUGUUAAUCUGGGUCCUGUUCAUUAGGCACUAAUAUAUCAACCCUGUUCUGUUAAUCUGGGUCCUGUUCAUUAGGCACUAAUAUAUCAACCCUGUUCUGUUAAUCUGGGUCCUGUUCAUUAGGCACUAAUAUAUCAAACCUGUUCUGUUAAUCUGGGUCCUGUUCAUUAGGCACUAAUAUAUCAAACCUGUACUGUUAAUCUGUGUCCUGUUCAUUAAACACUAAUACAGUUGAAGUCGGAAGUUUACAUAUACUUAGGUUGGAGUCAUUAAAACUCGUUUUUCAACCACUCCACACAUUUCUUGUCAACAAACUAUAGUUUUGGCAAGUCGGUUAGGACCAUUUUUCCAACAAUUGUUUACAGACAGAUUAUUUCACUUAUAAUUCACUGUAUCACAAUUCCAGUGGGUCAGAAGUUUACAUACACUAAGUUGACUGUGCCUUUAAACAGCUUGGAAAAUUCCAGAAAAUGAUGUCAUGGCUUUAGAAGCUUCUGAUAGGCUAAUUGACAUAAUUUGAGUCAAUUGGAGGUGUACCUGUGGAUGUAUUUCAAGGCCUACCUUCAAACUCAGUGCCUCUUUGCUUGACAUCAUGGGAAAAUCAAAAGAAAUCAGCCAAGACCUCAGAAAAAUAAUUGUAGACCUCCACAAGUCUGGUUCAUCCUUGGGAGCAAUUUCCAAAUGCCUGAAAGUACCACGUUCAUCUGUACAAACAAUAGUACGCAAGUAUAAACACCAUGGGACCACGCAGCCGUCAUACCGCUCAGGAAGGAGAUGCGUUGUGUCUCCUAGAGAUGAACGUACUUUGGUGCGAAAAGUGCAUAUAAAUCCCAGAACAACAGCAAAGAACCUUGUGUUUGCAACUGCACAUGGGGACAAAGAUUGUACUUUUUGGAGAAAUGUCCUCUAGUCUAAUGAAACAAAAAUAUAACUAUUUGGCAAUAAUGACCAUCGUUAUGUUUGGAGGAAAAAGGGGGUAGCUUGCAAGCCGAAGAACACCAUCCCAACCGUGAAGUACGGGGGUGGAAGCAUCAUGCUGUGGGGGUGCUUUGCUGCAGGAUGGACUGGUGCACUUCACAAAAUACAGUGGCUUGCGAAAGUAUUCACCCCCCUUGGCAUUUUUCCUAUUUUGUUGCCUUACAACCUGGAAUUAACAUGGAUUUUGGGGGGAUUUGUAUCAUUUGAUUUACACAACAUGCCUACCACUUUGAAGAUGCAAAAUAUGUUUUAUUGUGAAACAAACAAGAAAUAAGACAAAAUAAGACAACUUGAGCGUGCAUAACUAUUCACCCCCCCCAGAGUCAAUACUUUGUAGAGCCACCUUUUGCAGCAAUUACAGCUGCAUGUCUCUUGGGGUAUGUCUCUAUAAGCUUGGCACAGCUAGCCACUGGGAUUUUUGCCCAUUCUUCAAGGCAAAACUGCUCCAGCUCCUUCAAGUUGGAUGGGUUCCGCUGGUGUACAGAAAUCUUUGUCAUACCACAGAUUCACCAUUGAAUUGAGGUCUGGGCUUUGACUAGGCCAUUCCAAGACAUUUAAAUGUUUCCCCUUAAACCACUCAAGUGUUGCUUUAGCAGUAUGCUUAGGGUCAUUGUCCUGCUGGAAGGUGAACCUCUGUCCCAGUCUCAAAUCUCUGGAAGACUGAAACAGGAUUCCCUCAAGAAUUUCCCUGUAUUUAGCGCCAUCCAUCAUUCCUUCAAUUCUGACCAGUUUCCCAGUCCCUGCCGAUUGAAAAACAUCAACACAGCAUGAUGCUGCCACCACCAUGCUUCACUGUGGGGAUGGUGUUCUCGGGGUGAUGAGAGGUGUUGGGUUUGCGCCAGACAUGGCGUUUUCCUUGAUGGCCAAAAAGCUCAAUUUUUGUCUCAUCUGACCAGAGUACCUUCUUCCAUAUGUUUGGGGAGUCUCCCACAUGCUUUUGGCGAACACCAAACAUAUUUGCUUAUUUUUUUCUUUAAGCAAUGGCUUUUUCUGGCCACUCUUCCGUAAAGUCCAGCUCUGUGGAGUGUACGGCUUAAAGUGGUCCUAUGGACAGAUACUCCAAUCUCCGCUGUGGAGCUUUGCAGCUCCUUCAGGGUUAUCUUUGGUCUCUUUGUUGCCUCUCUGAUUAAUGCCCUCCUUGCCUGGUCCGUGAGUUUUGGUGGGCGGCCCUCUCUUGGCAGGGUUGUUGUGGUGCCAUAUUCUUUCCAUUUUGUAAUAAUGGAUUUAAUGGUGCUCUGUGGGAUGUUCAUAGUUUUGGAUAUUUUUUUAUAACCCAACCCUGAUCUGUACUUCUCAACUUUGUCCCUGACCUGUUUGGAGAGCUCCUAGGUUUUCAUGGUGCCGCUUGCUUGGUGGUGCCGCUUGCUUGGUGGUGCCGCUUGCUUGGUGGUGCCGCUUGCUUGGUGGUGCCGCUUGCUUGGUGGUGCCCCUUGCUUAGUGGUGCCCCUUGCUUAGUGGUGUUGCAGACUCUAGGGCCUUUCAGAACAGGUGUGCGUAUAUAUACUGAGAUCAUGUGACACUUAGAUUGCACACAGGUGGACUUUAUUAACUAAUUAUGUGACUUCUGAAGGUAAUUGGUUGCACCAGAUCUUAUUUAGGGGCUUCAUAGCAAAGGGGGUGAAUACAUAUGCCCGCACCACUUUUCCAUUAUUAUUUUUUUUCAAUUCAGUUCACCAAUUUGGACUAUUUUGUGUAUGUCCAUUACAUGAAAUCCAAAUAAAAAUCGAUUUAAAUUAUAGGUUGUAAUGCAACAAAAUAGGAAAAACGCCAAGGGGGAUGAAUACUUUUGCAAGGUACUGUAGAUGGUAUCAUGAGGAAGGAAAAUGAUGUGGAUAUAUUGAAGCAACAUGUCAAGACAUCAGUCAGGAAAUUAAUGUUGGUCGCAAAUGGGUCUUCCAAAUGGACAAUGACCCCAAGCAUACUUCCAAAGUUGUAGCAAAAUUGCUUAAGGACAACAAAGUCAAGGUAUUGGAGUGGCCAUCCCAAAGCCCUGACCUCAAUCCUAUAGAACAUUUGUGGGCAGAACUGAAAAGGCGUGUGCGAGCAAAGAGUUAGCACACAAUUUAAAGGCAAUGCUACCAAAUACUAAUUGAGUGUAUGUAAACUUCUGACCCACUGGGAAUGUGAUGAAAUAAAUAAAAGCUGAAAUAAAUCAUUCUCUCUACUAUUAUUCUGACAUUUCACAUUCUUAAAAUAAAGUGGGGAUCCUAACUGACCUAAGACAGGGAGUUUUUACUAGGAUUAAAUGUCAGGAAUUGUGAAACUGAGUUUAAAUGUAUUUGGCGGAGGAGUAUUUCUGUCUGUAAUAAAGCCCUUUUUGUGGGGAAAACUCAUUCUGAUUGCCUGGGCCUGGCUCCCCAGUCGGUGGCCCUAUGCCCUCCCAGGCCCACACAUGGCUGUGCCCCUGCCUAGUCAUGUGAAAUCCAUUGAUUAGUGCCUAAUGAAUUUAUUUCAAUUGACUGAUUUCCUUAUAUGAACUGUAUCUCAGCAAAAUAUUUUAAAUUGUUGCAUGUUGCGUUUAUUUUUGUUCAGUAUACUUACUAAUGGUGAAUCUCUGAUUAGUACUUACUAAUGGUGAAUCUCUGAAUAAUUACUAGUGGUGAAUCUCUUUUGAAUUCUAGAUCUUCCACUUAAGUACGCUGGAGGAGCGCUUCUCUCGCCUGUGGACACAGUGUCAACGCUGUCAGGGCUCUCUCCAUGAGGAUGUGCUCUGUACCAGGUACACACACACACACACACACACACACACACACACACACACACACACACACACACACACAAAUGCAUACAACUGGUAUACAGAUGUGUGUGUUUGAAAGUUACUUUGCCGGUACAUCGUUAGUGUGACUCUCUAGCAGGGUGAUGUCAAGCUCCAAGUUUGUUUACAAUCUAACGAUAACUUGGGUAAAUAAAUAUGUAGGUGACAUUUCUGAAAUAGGAGAUACUGUAUAUUAACUUCUGAAAUUGGAGAUACUAUAUAUUAACUUCUGAAAGGGAAUCUUUAAUGCACCUAAAUGUGCAACGUCUGUACAAGCAGCACAGACUCAUGUACUGUUGGAUAAUUACCACACAGACCCACUCUGAAAUACACAUCAACAUAUCUGUUACACACAGACCCACUCUGAAAUACACAUCAACAUAUCUGUUACACACAGACCCACUCUGAAAUACACAUCAACAUAUCUGUUACACACAGACCCACUCUGAAAUACACAUCAACAUAUCUGUUACACACAGACCCACUCUGAAAUACACAUCAACAUAUCUGUUACACACAGACCCACUCUGAAAUACACAUCAACAUAUCUGUUACACACAGGCCCACUCUGAAAUAUACAUCAACAUAUCUGUUACACACAGACCCACUCUGAAAUGCACAUCAACAUAUCUGUUACACACAGACCCACUCAGAAAAAGAAAAAGAAAAGCAGACAUUGAAUAUCCCUUUGAGCAUGGUGAAGUUAUUAAUUACACUUUGGAGGUGUAUCAAUACACCCAGUCACUCCAAAGAUACAGGUGUCCUUCCUAACACAGUUGCCAGCAUAUUGGCUAACUUUAAAACAGUUACCGAGUUUAAUGGCUGUGAUAGGAGAAAACUGAGGAUGGAUCAACAUUGUAGUUACUCCACAAUACUAACCUAAAUGGUCCUCUGUAGCUCAGUUGAUAGAGCAUGGCGUUUGCAACGCCAGGGUUGUGGGUUCGAUUCCCACAGGGGGUAUGAAAAAAUAAUAAUAAUGUAAGUCGCUCUGGAUAAGAGCGUCUGCUAAAUGACGUAAAAUGUAAAUGUGAAAUGGAUAAAAGCGUCUGCUAAAUGGCAUAUUAUUAUAUUAUAAAUGACAGCGAAAAGAAGCCUGUACAGAGUAAAAAUAUUCCAAAACAUGCAUCCUGUUUGCAGUAAGACACUAAAAUAAAACUGCAAAAAAUGUGGCAAAGAAAUAAAAUGUAUGUCCUGAAUACAGUGUUAUGUUUGGAGCAAAUACAACACAUCACUGAGUACCACUCUACACAUUUUCAAGCAUGGGAGUGACUGCAUCAUGUUAUUGGUAUAUUUGCUUGUCAAAAAAGAGACAACAUAGAGAUAAGCACAGGCAAAAUCCUAGAGCAAAACCUGGUUGUCUGCUUUCAAACAGACACUGGGAGACAAAUUCACAUUUCAGCAGGACAAUAACCUAAAACACAAGGCCAAAUAUACACUGGAGUUGCUUACCAAGACGACGUUGAAUGUUCCUGAGUGGCUUAGUUACAAUGUUGACUUAAAUCGGCUUGAAUAUCUAUGGCAAGACUUGAAAAUGGCUCUCUAGCAAUGAUCAACAACCAACUUGACAGAGCUUGAAGAAUAAAUAAAAAGAUAAUGUGCAAAUAUUGUACAAUCCAGGUGUGCAAAGCUCUUGGAGACUAACCCAGAAAGACUCACUGCUGUAAUCGCUGCCAAAGGUGAUUCUAACAUGUAUUGACUGAGGUUAAUAUAACCACUCUUAUAUAUCAAAUUGUAUUGGUCACAUACACAUACAGUGGGGGGGGAAAGUAUUUAGUCAGCCACCAAUUGUGCAAGUUCUCCCACUUAAAAAGAUGAGAGAGGCCUGUAAUUUUCAUCAUAGGUACACGUCAACUAUGACAGACAAAUUGAGAGAAAAAAAAUCCAGAAAAUCACAUUGUAGGAUUUUUAAUGAAUUUAUUUGCAAAUUAUGGUGGAAAAUAAGUAUUUGGUCACCUACAAACAAGCAAGAUUUCUGGCUCUCACAGACCUGUAACUUCUUCUUUAAGAGGCUCCUCUGUCCUCCACUCGUUACCUGUAUUAAUGGCACCUGUUUGAACUUGUUAUCAGUAUAAAAGACACCUGUCCACAACCUCAAACAGUCACACUCCAAACUCCACUAUGGCCAAGACCAAAGAGCUGUCAAAGGACACCAGAAACAAAAUUGUAGACCUGCACCAGGCUGGGAAGACUGAAUCUGCAAUAGGUAAGCAGCUUGGUUUGAAGAAAUCAACUGUGGGAGCAAUUAUUAGGAAAUGGAAGACAUACAAGACCACUGAUAAUCUCCCUCGAUCUGGGGCUCCACGCAAGAUCUCACCCCGUGGGGUCAAAAUGAUCACAAGAACCACACGGGGGGACCUAGUGAAUGACCUGCAGAGAGCUGGGACCAAAGUAACAAAGCCUACCAUCAGUAACACACUACGCCGCCAGGGACUCAAAUCCUGCAGUGAAAGACGUGUCCCCCUGCUUAAGCCAGUACAUGUCCAGGCCCGUCUGAAGUUUGCUAGAGUGCAUUUGGAUGAUCCAGAAGAGGAUUGGGAGAAUGUCAUAUGGUCAGAUGAAACCAAAAUAGAACUUUUUGGUAAAAACUCAACUCGUCGUGUUUGGAGGACAAAGAAUGCUGAGUUGCAUCCAAAGAACACCAUACCUACUGUGAAGCAUGGGGGUGGAAACAUCAUGCUUUGGGGCUGUUUUUAUGCAAAGGGACCAGGACGACUGAUCCGUGUAAAGGAAAGAAUGAAUGGGGCCAUGUAUCGUGAGAUUGAGUGAAAACCUCCUUCUAUCAGCAAGGGCAUUGAAGAUGAAAUGUGGCUGGGUCUUUCAGCAUGACAAUGAUCCCAAACACACCGCCCGGGCAACGAAGGAGUGGCUUCGUAAGAAGCAUUUCAAGGUCCUGGAGUGGCCUAGCCAGUCUCCAGAUCUCAACCCCAUAGAAAAUCUUUGGAGGGAGUUGAAAGUACGUGUUGCCCAGCGACAACCCCAAAACAUCACUGCUCUAGAGGAGAUCUGCAUGGAGGAAUGGGCCAAAAUACCAGCAACAGUGUGUGAAAACCUUGUGAAGACUUACAGAAAACGUUUGACCUGUGUCAUUGCCAACAAAGGGUAUAUAACAAAGUAUUGAGAAACUUUUGUUAUUGACCAAAUACUUAUUUUCCACCAUAAUUUGCAAAUAAAAUAAUUAAAAAUCCUACAAUGUGAUUUUCAGGAUUUUUUUUCUUCUCAUUUUGUCUGUCAUAGUUGACGUGUACCUAUGAUGAAAAUUACAGGCCUCUCUCAUCUUUUUAAGUGGGAGAACUUGCACAAUUGGUGGCUGACUAAAUACUUUUUUCCCCACUGUAUUUAGCAGAUGUAGCGACACGCUUGUGUUCCUAGCUCCAACAGUGCAGUAGUAUCUAACAAAAUCACAACAAUACACACAAAUCUAAAAGGAAAAUAAUGGAAUUAAGAAAUGUAUAAAUACAUAAAUAUUAGGAGCAGCAGCCUUCAACCCCCAGUAACCAAGCUGUCAGAGCAGCAGUCCCUUAAAAAGCAUGGGCUGACGCACACCCAAACAUUUUUGUAGGUCCUGACGGAGGUUAAACUGUAUGAAAAGAAAGUUGCACACUCUAUAGGUUGUAUAAAAAAAAUUACAUAACAUCAAAGAUCCACCACCAUAUUUUACAGGAGGUAUGGGUUUCUUUUCUGUUCAUGCAUUCUCAUUUCCACUUCAAACCCAUUGAAAACCUGUGGUUUGAAUUGAAGAGGGCAGUCCAUAAGAACAGACGAAGGAUAUCAAUGAUCUGGAAGGAUUCUGUAUGAAGGAAUGGUCUAAGAUCCCUCCCAAUGUGUUUCCAACUCAUAAAACCUUUAAGAAAAAGGCUCAGUACCUUAAUCCUCACAAGGUGAGGUAUUGAAACAGGAGGAAAAAAAGUAUUACUUAAACAAAUUCUCUUUCUCUGUUCAGUUGUAUUCGUAUAAAAAAUAUAAUUUCCAAUUUUUAUGGAGCAUACAAUAUAGCUCAGUAUUUGUAUUUAUUUUAUAAAUUUUUCCUCAUCUUUAUCAAGAUUGUCAAUAAUUUAGGACCCCACUGUAUAUAUUUUAUUAUUAUUAUUAAGUAAAUGUUGCUGUCCCUCCCUCUGUCCAGCCGGGACUGUCCCAUAUUCUACAUGAGGAAGAAGGUACAGAAAGACCUGGAUGAUCAGGAGAAGCUGGUGUCUCGCUUUGGA